AUGAGCCCAGCCGCUACUGUAAACAAAGAAAAGAUCUUAGCUGUCCUCUAUUCAGCAGGAAAGUAUGCCAAAGAACAACCAAAGUUGCUUGGUACCAUCGAAAACAAACUUGGUAUUAAAGAAUGGCUUGAAUCGCAAGGUCAUGAAUAUAUCGUCACAGACGAUAAGGAGGGUCCUGACUCGGAAUUCCAAAAGCAUAUCAAGGAUGCUACUUGCGUUAUCACCACUCCUUUCCACCCGGCUUAUCUCACUAGGGAUAUCAUGAACAAGGCUGAGAAACUCAAAAUUGCCAUCACCGCUGGUGUUGGUUCAGACCACAUCGAUUUGAACGCCGCCAACGAACGUAAGAUUACCGUCGCUGAAGUUACUGGUAGUAAUGUUGUUGCUGUUGCUGAACACGUUAUCAUGACUAUCCUUAACUUGGUUAGAAACUUUGUUCCAGCACAUGAACAAAUUAUGAGAGGUGAAUGGAAUGUUGCUCAAGUUGCACGUAACUCUUAUGACGUUGAAAAUAAAGUUAUUGGUACUUUGGGUGCUGGUCGUAUUGGUUACAGAGUUUUGGAGCGUUUGCAACCAUUUGACCCUAAGGAGUUACUCUACUACGAUUACCAAGCACUUCCAGAAGCUGCUGCUAAUAAGGUCGGCACUAGACGUGUUGAAGACUUAAAGGAGUUCCUUGGUCAAUUGGAUAUCCUCACUAUCAACGCACCACUCCACGAAGGUACCUACCACCUCAUCAACAAGGAAACACUUGGCUAUAUGAAACCAGGUGCAUGGAUUGUCAACACCGCCAGAGGUGCUAUCUGUGAUGCUCAAGCUAUCAAGGACGCUCUUGCAUCAGGCCAUCUCAACGGUUAUGGUGGUGAUGUCUGGGACCAACAACCAGCUCCUGCAAAUCACCCAUUGCGUUCUGCUAUCAACAACAUGGGUGGCGGUAACGCAAUGACUGCUCACAUUUCUGGUACUUCCCUCGACUCACAAGAAAGAUACGCUAGGGGUGUAAAGGAGAUCCUCGAUAACUACUUCAACAACAGGGAGCAAACUUUAGCAAACUUGAUCGUUAUUGACGGUCAAUAUGCUUCUAAGGCUUAUGGCCAACGUUAA